GUGAUUGCUACUGGUCGUAUCUCCACUGCGCGGUAUUGUCUGCGACACAAUCUACCAAUGAUCAGUGAUGCUCUUGAUGCUAUUGAUGGCAUUGAUAGCAUUGAUGAUAUUGAUUGGAUCUUGCAUGCACCUCCAGUGCCUCCAGGGUCCCCCAUUCUCUGAAUUCAACAUUCUAUUGCAAUCAAACUAGCAUGCAGAGGUGGAAAUAACAGAACAUAGUUAUCUAUGAGAACAUCUAUCUGUUACAUUGUCAUCUCAUUCAGACUCUUCAAGUGAUAACCUGUGGAGGCAGCAGAGGCCAGUUCUGCCAUUUGCUCCAGCAUCUGAUUCACGUGACAUGGUUUAUGUGGCUGAACCCAAAAAACCGCUUUUGGUCACUGGCUGUGGAGGCCAUGGAGGCCAGUUCUGCUAUUGCUGCUAGCAUCUGAUCUAUGUAGCCACCUGUCACUCUGGAAUACCCAGAUAUUCUGACUAGGACAAACAACAUAUGACAAUCAACAAG